AUGGCAGGAGGAAAGAAAAAAAACAGGCAUUCUGUUGGUAGUGUUGGGGCAAUCCAAGCAUCCCAACCAUUUGCAGUUGUUUCGGAGAAGAAGGAGCCUAAACUUGAUUGUAGUCAAUGGCCGCUAUUGUUGAAGAAUGUUCAUCUGAUGAAUGUCCGAGAAUGCCAUUUUGAGGCAGAUACCACAGGAUACUCACCUCUACACAGACCCUUAGAUGAAUACAUCAAGAGUGGAGUCAUAAACCUUGACAAACCAUGCAAUCCAUCCUCACACGAAGUGGUUGCAUGGGUUAAAAGAGCUCUGGGAGUCAGUAAAACUGGUCACAGUGGCACACUGGAUCCUAAAGUCUCAGGUUGCCUUAUGGUCUGUAUUGACCGUGCCACUCGUCUGGUCAAGUCUCAGCAGACUGCUGGUAAAGAAUAUGUAUGUGUAUUCCGACUACACAAGUCUGUGGAUGAUGUGAAGCGUAUACAGAAAGCUGUGGAGAGUCUGACAGGAGCUUUAUUCCAACGGCCUCCACUUGUUGCGGCGGUCAAGCGUCAACUUAGAGUUCGUACAAUUUAUGAGUGCAAGUUAUUGGAGUACAACAAGGAAGAAUGUUUAGGACUGGUGAAGGUAAGAUGUGAGGCUGGAACAUAUAUUCGAACUCUGUGCGUACAUAUCGGGCUCCUGCUCGGUUGCGGAGGUGUAAUGGAAGAGCUAAGGCGGAUACGGAGUGGUUUCAUAUCAGAAUCAGACAAUUUAGUUACAAUGCAUGAUGUUUUAGACGCUAAAUGGCUUUAUGACAACAGGCGUGAUGAGACUUAUCUACGUCGUGUCAUAAUGCCACUCGAGAAGCUGCUCAUCAAACACAAGCGUAUAAUGCUCAAGGAUACAGCUGUGUGUGCCAUUUGCUUUGGCGCAAAACUAAUGUUGCCUGGCGUCCUUCGCUAUGACAACGACAUUAAUAUUAAUGACGAAAUAGUCUUGAUGACCACCAAAGGCGAAGCUGUAGCCCUUGCUAUCGCGAUGAUGACUACGGCUACCAUUGCAACGUGUGACCAUGGGUUGGUUGCUAAAUUGAAAAGAGUUAUAAUGGAACGGUUGUUGAAAAAGUUUGCCAAACCUGGUGAAGCGAUGAGUACUCCAAACUCCAUUGGAUUGAAUCAGAACUCUAAGAGGGCGAAGAUAGUGGAAGAGUCAGCAGAAAACUCAACGCUAGAAGUAAAAGUUCCAGAACCUUCCGAAUCCGGCGAUACAAGUAGUGACGAAAUUGUAAGACAAGAAGCGGACGCUGAUGAGGUAUCCUCGGACGACAGCGACUAA